UAGGCUGUCGGGAUGAAUACGUGGCAAUAUUACCAGCUAGACGGAGUUGUUGAUUCCGCCUCCUGUCGAAGGCUGAAAUGGAAGUUCCACGUUAUGUCGUACGUCCUGCAUCGCCUUGCCGCUCGUAAGAGACAACCAGAAUGUCUAAGGACUAUACAUCAAUUCCGCUGGACGAGGAUGGCGCGGCGACACCCCAUCCUAGGAGGCUGUUAUCCCUUUGGUGUAUUGCGGUGGCAGCGCUAUUUAUCGCCAUAUCUGCAGUGACCUCUUUUAUCUUGGGACUUGCUGUAGGACAAAGUUGGUCCAAAGAGGAUGCCACAUCACGGCGGCCCCAGCCUGUCGCAGGCAGUCUUAUGCCUCAGCAGGCAUUCAUUCCUGAGAUACCUAUCAAGGAAGUAACCUUUGAAUUCCCCACCAAAUAUGAAGACACAGGACCCGAGGGAUACGGGCUAUGGAACGACCUGAUGCCAGUCGGUUUGGGCUUCCUCCGCGUCCCAUAUCCCCGGCGUUUCGACAUGCCGGAUAGCGAGCCUAUCGAAGACGACCCUGAGCAAGGAGAAGUCUACUCUCUCUCCGUCACUCACCAACUUCACUGCUUAGCCGUUCUACGGGAUGUAAUCAUCAAAUACGAAAAGCGUGAUAAGUCCCGUUAUGCAGGAGACGGGCAUGAGUACCAUUGUCUCGACUAUAUUCGGCAGGCUGUCAUGUGCGCCGGAGAUACGACGAUGGAUUACGCUGAUGAUCGAGUCUUUGGCCAGGAUGGGAAGGUAACGAGAUAUGGGUUUACAGGAGCAAAUUCCACGCAUCAGUGCAGGGAUUGGGAUGCCAUCAAGGCCUUUGCAGAGCAGCAUAAAUCGGGGAAUAGGACUGGUAUCCUUUAAGCUGUUUUCUCGUCAGGGUCUUAAGACGGACGGGAAUUUGUGAUGGCCAAAUUUAGUGCGUCGUAUAGAUGAGGAUCCCUAGGGGUUUAAACACAGGCAAAGUAUCAAGGGAGUAUGUGUUGAGUUAUCCCCUAAUUUCCCUACUCCGAGAAGUACACCAACGGUGACACAGUUGGCUUACUAGAUGCAGCUUGCCACAAAGCUGAGAUAAUGUUUGCAAUGGCAACUAAUUCUGCCUCUCAUGUGUACUGGUGUCGCUGAUUGCAACCAUUCUCAGCUUUGAAACGGCGCUCACAAGAAUUCAUGAUCAUGCACUUCCGGCAAUGACAGACUAAGUCCAUGUCAGGGACAUAUAACACACACCCACGGACGGUCAGCAACUCUCCC